GCGUACUCCAAGAUGAUUACUGUAUUUAUUCCGCUUCUUGUUGAUGAGAGCUCGUUCUUGGCACAUUUUAUGUGCUUCGACGUUGCAUUGGAUGCUUCAGAUAGUGAGGAAAAUAGUACGUCUCCAAGAUCUUCAGAAGCCUCUGGGAGUAGUGUCAAACCAAGUAGCAGUGGAGAUGAUAUUGGAGUGCUGAACCAAUGCUUACAGGAGUUGCUCGAUGGUAUUCAGGAGGACUUCUAUGCUAUAGUUGACUGGGCAUUCAAGCUAGAUCCAUUGAGUUGUAUAGCAAUGCACGGCAUAACGGAUCGAUAUAUUUCUGCUCAGAAGGCAGAGGUUGCAGGAUAUGUGCCUGUGCUUCUUGAUGACUUGGAGACAAGAAUAACCAUUUUGUUUGGCAGGUUCGUCGAUGAUGCAUGUUACCAGAUCGAAAAGUAUGAGCGAAAUGUAAGACAAGUUGGAGUGGUGCCAUAUAUUCCCAGGUUUUCUCAACUUGCAGCGCGUAUGGAGCAGUAUAUCAAUGGAUCCAGGGAUCUUGUUGACCAGGCAUAUACGAAAAUUGUUACCAUUAUGUUUGUGACUCUGGAGAAAAUUGCUCAAGUUGAGCCCAAAUAUGUUGAUAUAGUACUCUUGGAGAAUUAUGCAGCUUUCCAGCACAGUCUAUAUGAUUUAGCGAAUGUUGUGCCAACACUUGCUAAAUAUUAUCAUCAAGCCAGUGAAGCUUAUGAACAAGCUUGCUCGCGCCAUAUUAAUCUUGUUAUAUAUAUUCACUUUGAAAAGUUAUUCCAAUAUGCUCGGAGAAUUGAGGAACUGAUGUACAACAUGAGUCCUGAGGAGAUACCGUUCCAAGUUGGAAUGUCGAAGGUAGAUUUCCGCAAGAUGCUGAAGUCGAGCCUAACUGGUCUUGACAAAACAAUCAACGCGAUGUAUAGAAAACUACAGAAGAACAUAACCGCAGAAGAAUUGCUACCUUCUCUAUGGGAAAAAUGCAAGAAGGAGUUUCUUGAUAAAUAUGCGACCUUCCUCAAACUGAUUGCCAAAAUAUAUCCCAAUGAAACCGUGACAUCCGUCAACGAUAUGAGAGAUACCCUAGCAGCUCUGUAGGAACUUUGCUGUUUGAUUAACAUUACAAGGUAAUAUCAUUGUAGAGAGGACUGAGCCGAUCCGGGUU